UGAACCAACUUGGCUUUGAACCGCUCUCCUCUCGGAUGGCGACUCAGGAUAGCGCGAUAGCUGGAGCCUCCAAAGACCUUCAAGAAGCGCUGUUUGUCCUGGAAAAGAGAACGGAGGAGCUUCGGAAGCUCAAGGACGAGCAUGUCCGAGCCAACGAGCGAAUCGAGCAGCAGAAAGAGUCCAUAGACCAGCUCGAGAAGGAGCUCAUGGAGGCGAUGGAAGAGCUACGUGACCUCAAGUCGCAGCGAUCAAACUCAACCAAGGACAACGCCAACACGCUCAAGAAAAAUGCGACCAUACAGGUGUCCGAGGAGGUCACCAUCCUGAGAGAGAAGCUUCAGCGCAGCGAGGCGCUGUGUCAACAGUUCAAGACGCAAGUGAUCGACACAGCGAUGGAAGCCAGUCGAAAGCACAAUGAUCAGCAGAGCCAGCUUCAAGGAAUCGAGUCUAUCCUCGAGAGCAUCAGGCGAGAGUACGACGAGUUUAUUCGAAUCACAAAGAUGGAGAACGACACUUAUCGAGCCAGUCAGCAGGCAGAGUACGAAAGCCUGCGACAGACCUUUGAGCAGCACAAAAUGAUCCAGUUCGAGGAGAAGAAGCGACUGAUGAUGGAGUAUCAGGGUCUUUUGUUGUCGAUGCAGGCCCAGUACGACGAAUACAGAACCACAGCAGAGUUCCUGUUCAACGGCGAGAUCUCCAAGCUGGAGGACGAGCUGUCCUCGCAGGCGGUGCGAUACGAACAAGAGAUCCUCUAUGUCAUUCAGGCCAAAGAGCGAUUUUACGCCGAGCUGAUGGUUUCCAAGGAUGCCAAGAUUCUCAGCCUGAUCGAGGGCAGCGACUUGCAGAGCUUGAUGCAGAAGCAUGAGAUGGACAUUGAGGCCCUGAGAAAAGAACAUGGGAGAGAGAUCGAACGGGUCAAGUCGGAUCAGGAGUCCGAGCAAAAGAACUUGAUCUCCCUCCUUCAGCGGCAAAACGUCUCUCUCGAAAGCAAGUGCACCAAGCUGCAGACAUAUGUCAAGACUCUGGAGGCGCGUGUCAAGGAGCUGGUCGCCACGGUGGAGCAAAAGAACAAGACCCUGAGCGAGCGGGAGGAGUUCCGAAUAUCGAUGGAGGCCGAGUACAUGAAAAAACUCAACGACGCCAACAACCGCAUCAACAUCCUCAGCCAAGAGAAGGAGCAUUUGCGUCACAAGGUGAUCCGACUCAACCUCAAUGCCAAAGGCGAGGGCGAGAACUCGAUUGAGAACAUGCUCAAGCGCAUCAGUCGGGAAACCACCGAAUUGCACAUGGACUUUGACGGUCUCAGCAACAAAUACGACGAUAUGUCGUCCAAAAACCAGAUCCUCGCCAAGAAACUACGAGACAGAGAGCUCUUUGUCGAGUACCUCGAGGGCGAACUGAAGCGGCGAACAGACGAGUAUGAAACCAUGACCAGAACCUUUGAGAGUUUCCUCGAGGGACGUGCGCGCCAGGCUCGCCGAGAUCGAGCGCGGUUGCUGCUGAAACGACAUGAGAUGAGCGAUGAGCAGGAGAAAAGGCCGCCCAAAGAGUCGACCAUGGUUUCGCUCAGCCUCAACACCCAAGGCGUGCUUCGGGCAAGGAUCCCUGAAGUCGGAGAUAAGGCUGACUACGAUUCUCAAGUUGAAUCGGUCGAAAGGAAGGCGGACAUCGAGCGCGGCUAUUCUUACCUCAAGCGAUUCAAGACCCUGUCGAAGGCAUUUGCCACAGGCGACUUUCGAAUCCUUCCCACAGGAGCACUGGUGCCGAAUUCGAACGUCGACCAGCUGGCGAGAGAAACUGGCCCGUGGCAAAAGAUCUCCUUGUAUUCUAAGCUGGACGAUGCAAACACAGCGCUCUCCAAGCUCUAUAAAGAACCACCGCCUGCUCAAUCGCGCAAACCAAUCAUGCCACAGAACGCAAGCGCCAUUUACAGCCAUGGUAGCUCAUCGGCGGCCAGCAGCAAGCCUUCAGACAAGAACGAGAACAUGAAGCUCUACCAGGAAAAGGCUCCUUCGACGACCUCCAAACGGCCCAAGACGGCAGACAAGAAGCAACAGGAGGACAACGACAUCAUGAUCAUCGGCGGCGCAGCGCACUGAACAUCGAGGUCGGGCCCUCUGAGCGAUCAGGCCGAGCACUGCUCCGAGUAAAGUGGGAUGAAUAUGGAGAAGCGUGUUGGGCAUGGAGAAUUGCAUCUGCACAUGAGCGAACGUAGAGCGAGAAACAGAGCCGCACAUAUCCACGUUUCAUGUGGUCGAUGUCCG